AUGGCGACUACAAACCGAUAUGUCGAGCUAGCGAAGCAAAUGCACCCCCGUUUGCAGCGCUUCUUCGCCAAGUAUCCGCCCAAUCAGAUCCUCCCGGCGUCAACGAGGACGAACACGAUCAAGGACGGCGCGACACCGAAUCCUUUCCUCCCACACAAGCACCCCAUCACAGGCAAAUGGCACGACCCUGAGUUCUCAUUGCGCCGGCAGGCAGAGCUGGUCAAGCUGGCACGAGAGGAGGGUGUGGAGGAGCUGCUGCCCUUUACAAACAAGGGUACCGAGGAGCGCAUACGAAAGAGAGUCGAAGAGGGCUUGAGGGUGAAGGGUACUGGUGUGGGAGAACGUGUCAAGGGUCACUUGCACGAGAGAAUGCUUUCUGUCAAGAUGGAGAAGAGAAGAACAGCCAUGCUGGGUAUGCCCAGAUUGGUCAGAGAAUGGCGAAAAACGGGCAAAAGCAAAUGGACCAAGUACCCCAGGUAG